UGUACUGCGGCGGCGGCAGGGUGAGGGAUGGCCAUAUUUGCCGGCGCGGCCCGAGCCGGCGACAACAAAAAGUGCGCGGGCUCCGGGCGGGCGCUCGGACGGGUGCGGGGACGUGGGGCCACCCGGCCCGGGCUCCGGCCUCGGCCUCGCCGCCGCGCUCGCGGCCUGGCCCGGCUCUGCCCGGCGCGCCCUCCGCCCGCGGGGAUGUCGUGCAAGCUGAACUUGACCGCGCACAUGCCCGCCGCCGCCCUCAACGCCGGAAGUGUCCGCUCACCAUCCACUAGCAUGGCAACCUCCUCCCAGUACCGCCAGCUGCUGAGUGACUAUGGGCCUCCAUCGCUAGGCUAUGACCAGGGAACUGGAAAUAGCCAAGUGCCUCAGAGUCAAUAUGCAGAGCUGCUGGCCAUCAUUGAAGAGUUGGGGAAAGAGAUCAGACCCACGUAUGCAGGGAGCAAGAGCGCCAUGGAGAGGCUAAAACGAGGCAUCAUUCAUUCCCGAAGCCUGGUUCGGGAGUGCUUGGCUGAAACGGAACGGAAUGCCAGGUCCUAGCCCCUGGCCAGUCUGAAGGCCCAUCUCGCUAUCCCGAGGAGAUGAGAGGCUUUGUUCAAAAUGGCAGUAAUUUUUCUACCACAGUCAUUAAGCUCUGAACCCACACUCAAAAAGAUUGGGAAGACAUUUUGCAGUAACUGACGAUGUGCAUUUUAAGUAGUUAGGAAUGACCCAGCUCUUUUUUCUUUCCAAACAUUUGAAAGAUGUUUGUGAAGCCACUUCACAGCAAGCUGUUGUUUGUCCCCAAAUACCAGUGUCCACGUUAACCCCCUUGGACGUUUUCCAUCUGCAUCACCCCAGUUGACUCCUACCAUGAGCUCACCUGCAUCUGAGGAGCCCAGUGCAGACCACAG